CGCCAUGGCUUCGGUAGCCUCCUAUAGGCAGUGUUUGACCACAUCAGAGGAAGUGGGAAUAGGAGUUGGAGGAGAUGCCAAGGCGCAGUUACUUCCGUACCAUGUGAGAUAAUCAUCCGCAGAGCGAAGUGUUCUGCUCACGCGUAGACUUGAAACCCCGGUGCUGCACGGUAGACUGUACAGUCUGUACUGCCGUGACACCCGAAAGUAACGGGUGAGAGAGGCACGGGCGAAAGAGGAGCAGAAAAGCAGACUGAGAAGCCAUGGCAGAUUUUACAGUGUCUCUGUCUUUGCUGGCGGGGAUCGUAUUGGUGAGCGAGGUGACUCGGCGAUUGCUCUUAAGGCUGCUUGAAAGAACCGGACUUGCUGUAUAUGCUGUUGAGCUCGUGUCCACCUUCCAAUUGUGUGCUUGUACGCACGAGCUUAAGCUGCUUGGUGAAGUAGGUCGACUUGAGCCCCGGUUUGCCCUUACACUGACAUACCUGGCGUCAGUGGUCCAUGCGCUCACCUUUCACGGAGCCAUUGGUAACCCCUCCGUUACACUCGAAAUGGCAUACCGAAGGAACCUCACGGGCAGAUGCGCACUGCUGCGGAUAGCAUGCCAGUUCGCGGCAGCAGUUGUGGCUCGAGCGAUAGUCCGGGUGGUAUGGACUCUAGGGUUGACCGACCUGCACCUGCGACACAAGCUACUUGGCUUCCAGUGCCUCAGCCCCAUUCACGCGCCACUGCCUACAGCCGCAGCGGUGGAGCUCGCCUGUGUCUUUGCUGUCCAGACAGCGGCCACUCACACGCAUGCGGUGGACGAAAAGUACCGGGUGCACGCAAUAGCGACGGUUGUCACCGCCAUGGUUUAUGCAGGUGGCAGUGUCACUGGGGCAGUGCUUAACCCUGCGCUAGCUUUCUCCACUCAGUUCCCCUGCAGUGGCAACACCUUCUUAGAGUACUGUCUGGUCUACUGGCUGGCUCCUGUCUUAGGUAUGAUCAGUUCUGUGCUGUUGUUUGAUAAAGUCGCACCUCUGCUCUCUGGUAAAGCUGGUGGGGAGCCUCCCUACCGCCCCCUGGAGAGCAAGAAGUGGAACUGAGACAUUUCUCAAACAGGAGCAACAAACAACUGUGUCUUAACCCACAGUGAUAUCAUUCUACCAAGGGAUCCUGUCCAUUACCUACAGUGUUUACCGUAAUGAUCAUGUUUCAUUCAGAUUCUGUGUGGCUCAGUGUAAUCUGGCCACACAGAAUCAGACUUUGCAAAAGGACCUUGGAUAGCCUGGCACAAUAUUUCAGACUGAAAACAUAAACCAUGACUAGAUUCAACGGUUGAAGUCUCCAAAACAUCAUAUCAUUUGUGGAAAGAGAUCAGGAAUGUGAACCUGUGUCGUUGUUUCUUUACCUGAUAAACUAUUUUGUAGCGUUUUAAUGGUAUACAUUAUACAGGAUGAAUGAAGUUUAAAAGCACAUUAGUUUGAAAGAAUUUGAUAUCAUAGUCUUCAGACAACUACAGGAAGCUACUGUAAAUCCAGGUCUGAACUGAUUUUAAUAGCCAUGUAGAUAAUAUUGUCUGUAUGUGAAUACGGUUCAUUAAGGCCUAAAAAAUUAAUUAGUGUUACCAAUAAUGAUAAGCAUUUGCUUAACUAAUUCCUAGCAUUCCUGAGGAGGGGAAAUGAAGACCUCACUCUGUACACCUAUUUUCUGUUGAACUGGAGAUUGUAUGAGUUUUUAAGCACAACUGUGACAGGUGCCUUUGGAGGGUUGCAUUCCCCCAGAGAUGAAGAGCAAUAAGGGCAUUACCUCGGACUGACACAUGGAAACAGCCAAAGACCUGUUUUAGAAAAGGAAUUUGCCUAUAUGGUCAUCCAUGUAAAUCUCCUAACGUGUGACAUGUUGAAACAUUUUAAUAAAGCAAGGUUAAGGCCGAUUCCCAAUACUCUGUCUUACCCUUACCCCCUACCCCUUACCCCUAGCCCUUACCCCUACCUCUACCCCUUACCCCUAGCCCUUACCCCUUACCUCUACC